GGGUGAUCUGUUUUUAUAACAAUGGUGAUCACAAUCAGUAAGUGUCGUGUUUGUUAGUUUGUGAUCGAGAUAAGCAUCAUCAGUAUCAAAGUUGGUUGGUGAGGCUUGCGUUUCGCUACUUGCCACCUUUCCACCACUAUGUCCAUUUUCUACGACUCACUUCAAGAGGAUGAAGUAGAGGAAGCAUACAAUAUCGAGGCGGCAGGUUACCCACCCGACGAAGCGGCGAGCCUGGACGCUCUCAAGUAUCGCCAGACCCAUGUACCCGACCUCUUCCUAGGUGCAUACAUCGCCGGGGUGGGGAUCGGGCGGAAACUCAUCGGCUACGUCUGCGCGACUCUCUCGCCUGCAUCGACGCUCUCGCACGAGUCCAUGUCCACGCACAUCCCUGGCGCGCCCUCUGUGUGCAUUCACUCCGUCUGCGUCGCGCCCACACACCGGAAGCAGGGCAUCGCGCUCGGGCUCCUCCAGGAGUACCUCGCCCGCCUGGAGCGCACAGGCACGUACGAGCGCGUGCUGCUCAUCACACACGAGGAGCUGCGAGGGUUGUACGAGCGGGCGGGCUUCGAGUGGAUCGGCCCGAGUCCGGUGACACACGGAUCGCAGCCGUGGUUCGAGAUGCAGCGCGAGCUUCGAGCCGCACCAGAGCCCUCUGCAGCAGAGCCCAUCGCGCCUCCAAGCGUGCCUGCGGGGCUCUGGGAGGCUCUGCAGCGCUCAGCGACCGCACGCAAUCGUCCUACAGGCCGUGCACUCGCCGCAUUCCCCAACGGUGCGCAGGACCUCGUUGUUGACGAUGGCCAAGGCGCUUUGCGGAACAAGAACGACCUCCUGUGUCCGCGGGAAGGGUGCGGCAGUGUGAUACUGAAGAACGGCGUGGCCGCGCUGGUCGAACGGGCGAGCGUGCUCAUGGAACCUCCAGAGCAUACGGCGGCGAGCCUGCUGCCGCCGCUUCCUACGCCGCCGGGGACGGCGAAUUGGUGGCUGGUCACGCCGAACGCGAUGACGUUUGAGAACAUUGGGUUCUCGAAGGGAGUUGUAUCAGAAGGGAAGAGGCUAAAGCUGCUGAGCUGCGCAGAUUGUGACCUCGGUCCAUUAGGCUGGUGCGAAGAGGGCGGCAGCGAGUUCUGGCUCGCUUGCAGCCGCGUUAGCUACCGGGACUGAGGAUGUAGCACGUCUGUUGCGAAGAAACC